GAUUUGAUUUUUUUUUUUUUUUUGUCUUCGGUCUCUUCUCCCUCCUCCUUCCCCCGAUGAACCUCUCUCCUCGCUCUGCACUUUGCACGAGAAAGCGCAAAGGCACCAUGAAGUGUUAAAAAUAACAAAACAAAAGCAAAAAAAAAGAGAGAGAGAGAGAGAGAGGAAAAAAAUUUCCUCGCAACAACACCCGCGAACGCUUCCAGCUGCAGUUUGCGAGAGAGAAAGAGAGAGAAGGGAGGAAAGAGCCGUGCGUGCAGAAGGCGCAGAGCCCCUCGCUCUGAUGCAGCAGCGGCAGCGGAGGCUCUGCAGGGGAUAACGCGGAGCGGGCGGAGCGCGGCGCGGCGCGGCGGAGGAACGGACGGACGGGCGGACGGACGGACGGACAGCAAAGCUGGCUCACCCGGCGGCAGCGCAGAGCAGCGCCCUCGCUCCCGGAGCGCACCCUUUCUGGAGGACUGUCAGCAGCAAAAGGAUGGCAUCAGAACUGGCAAUGAGCGGCUCCGACCUGCCCACCAGUCCCCUGGCCAUGGAAUAUGUUAAUGACUUCGAUCUGAUGAAGUUUGAAGUGAAAAAGGAGCCGGUGGAGACCGAUCGCAUUAUCAGCCAGUGCGGCCGCUUGAUCGCCGGGGGAUCGCUCUCUUCCACCCCGAUGAGCACGCCCUGCAGCUCGGUGCCCCCGUCCCCCAGCUUCUCGGCGCCCAGCCCCGGCUCCGGCACCGACCAGAAGACCCACCUGGAAGACUACUACUGGAUGACGGGCUACCCGCAGCAGCUCAACCCCGAGGCGCUGGGCUUCAGCCCCGAGGACGCGGUGGAGGCGCUGAUCAACAGCAGCCACCACCCGCUGCCCGGCGCCUUCGAUGGCUAUGCUAGAGGGCAGCAGCUGGCCGCGGCCGCCGGCGGCUCGGUGCCGGCCGAGGAGAUGGGCUCGGCGGCCGCCGUGGUGUCGGCGGUGAUCGCCGCGGCGGCGGCGCAGGGCGGCGCGCCCCACUACCACCACCACCACCACCACCCGCACCACGGCGGCGGCGGCGGCGGCGGCGGACACCCCCACGGCGCGGCGCCGGGCAGCGCGCCGCCCUCCUCCGCCUCCUCCUCGGCCGCGGGCUCCGGAGGCGGCGGCGGCGGCGGCGGCGGAGGCGCCGGGGGGCUGCACCACCCGCACCACGGAGGAGGAGGCGGCGGCGGCGGCCUGCACUUCGACGACCGCUUCUCCGACGAGCAGCUGGUCACCAUGUCGGUGCGGGAGCUGAACCGGCAGCUGCGGGGCGUCAGCAAGGAAGAGGUGAUCCGGCUGAAGCAGAAGAGGAGGACCCUCAAAAACAGGGGCUAUGCCCAGUCCUGCCGCUUCAAGAGGGUCCAGCAGCGGCACGUCCUGGAGUCGGAGAAGAACCAGCUGCUGCAGCAAGUGGAGCACCUAAAGCAGGAGAUCUCCAGGCUGGUCCGGGAGAGGGACGCCUACAAGGAAAAGUACGAGAAGCUGGUCAGCAAUGGCUUCCGAGAAAACGGAUCCAGCAGCGACAACCCCUCCUCUCCAGAGUUUUUCAUGUGAGUUCCCACAGCCUUGCCACCUUACCUAAAAGUUCUCCGUGUGAGUUGUUGUUGGGGGCUUUGCUAGAGCGCCGACCCGCCGUGCCACCUUGUAUCACUUUUUGGUUUUCCAACUCAAAACUGCUUUCAGACAAACUCGGGUUUUGGGUUGAUUUUUAUUUUUAUUUUUUUAAGGUGGGCCGGCUGCGUGUUGGCCAACCUCAAGUUCUACAUCAGUUUCUUUUCUGUUUAUUAUUAUUAUUAUUAUUAUUGUGGGGGCUUGCUGUUGUUUUUUUUUUUUUUUUAAAUUUAAAAGAUCCAACUCGCCACCAACUCAGUUCUUCAUAUGAAGCUUGCUCUGAAACCUGCCAUCCACAUCAUAUAUAUAUAUAUUUUUAAGUUCAUGACUUGUAUUUUUUUUCCUUUGAGCUUGCUGUGUCCAAAAGAGUCAGACCAUAUUGACGUUGUUUCAUAUUUUUUUUUGCCAUCCUGAGUUCUUCAUAUGAGAUUUGAGCUUUGCGAAAAGAAAAAUAAUUAAAAAAAAAUAAUAAAAACAAACGUUAAAAAAAAAAACCAACAAAAACACAAAACAAAGCAAAAACCACCCAAAAAAAUACAAAAAAAAAAAAAAAAAAGUGAAAUUUUUAGACUCCAGCUUGCUGAGUUCCAUCAGUUUUUAGCGUUGUUGUGCGAAACUAGAGGUGUAGCUCAACCUGCCCCAACCAGCCUGCAUCAGCCUUCGGUGUGUCCAUGUGAGUUUUGGCCUUAAUCUGCCAAACGUGAGACUGUAGUCUGCCAUUAGAAUCCCAUCCUCAUCUCAUGCAUUACGCUUGCUAUUUUGUCUUAGCAGCAAUGAACUGUAACUGUUUCAAAAGACUAUGAAAAAGAGACAUUAUAUUAAUAAAAAAAAAAAAAAAAAAAAAGAAAACAAACCCUGCAUGCUGGUCAUGUACGGUAUAAUUUUUUUUUUUUCUUUUUUUUUUCUUUUUUUUCUUUUUUUUUUUGUUCCUUUUGCUUGGAAAUGGACUUUUGGAGACUAUUAUGGCAUGGCAUUCAUCCUUUUGUUUUAUUGCCUCAUCACUUUUUUGGGUUGAAAGCAAAAAAGUGCAACCUUUGAUCUUCCUCUUCUUCCUCCUCCCCAUUAAAGUUUGCAUCUGCUCUAAAACUGCUUUGAGUCACUCAGAACUUCAGACUUCCUUUCCAAUGCACUGAAGCAUUCCCUCUUAGAAAGACAUGCCAGGAUGGAUGUUGGUAACCCGAUGUGGCAAAAAAUAAAAUAAGUAAAUGAAUGAAUAAAAACACAAAGCGCAGAAAGAACUUUGGGAAGAUGCUCAAAUGCAAAAUUCACAUCCCGCUCGGGGGGACAUUGAAACCGUGCUGUUGCCUAAAAGCAGUCUAAACCAAUUAACUGUAGGUGAUCUGCCCCAUCUUUUGAUUUGAUUUAUUAUUAUUAUUUUUUUUUUUCCUUUUUACAUUUGGUCAUGGUCAAAUGUGGAAUGCUCUGGGUUCCUGGUAUAUAAUUUAAUUCUACUUUCUGUCAUCUGUUAGCCCAGUUAAAAUGUAUGCUACAGAUAAAGGAAUGUUAUAGAUAAAUCCGAAAGAGUUAGGUCUGUUUAGAUGUAGAUUUCUAUUAUUAUUAUUAUUAUUUUUUUUUUUUUAAAGAUUGAUGCACUAAAUUGUUUACUGUCGUGAUGUAAAGGGGGGUAGAAUUUGCAACGGGACUGUUUUAAAAAGUAGUUUAUGCAGCAUGUGCUUGCAACUUACCUAUAAGUUGGGUAUAUGUAGUCCUUGCUAUACCACUGACUGUAUUUGAAAACCAAAGUAUUAAAGGGGGGAGGCACCCUUGUUUAUAUCUAUAGGGGUAUUUUACAUUCAAAAUGUAUGGAUUUUUUUUUUUUUUUUUUUCAAAAUUGAAGUAUUUGGGACUGAAUUGCACUAAGAUAUAACCUGCAAGCAUAUAAUACAAAAAAAAAAAAAAAAAAGAAAAAAAAAGAAAAAAAAAAGAAGAAAAAAAAAAAAAGGACGAACCUGUUUAGAACGCUAAUACGAUUUAUGCAGUUAUAAAAGAUGGCAUUACUGCACAGUUUUAAAAUGAUGCAGAUUUUUUUACAGUUGUAUUGUGGUGCAGAACUGGAUUUUCUGUAACUUCAAAAAGAUUCCGCAGUUUUAAAGGCAAUAAUCAGUAAAUUUUAUUUUCAGGGACUGAUAUCCUGUCUUUUAAAAAAGAAAAAUAGAAAAAAAAAUGGAAAGUAAAUCUUACCACAAUAAAUAUAAAAAAAUCUUGUCAGUUACUUUUUUCUUUUACACAUUUUGCUGUGCAAAAUUGUUUUAUAUCUUGAGUUACUAACUAACCACGUGUGAUGUUCCUAUGUGCUUUCCUUUCAUUUUUGACUCUAUGGUUAUAUCGAAAGAGAGAAUAAUCUACAAUAAUAAACUGCAUUUUUUUUUUUUCCCCCCCGAUUCUGUGCUCCGUUUCUUAGCACGUAGUGCACAGUCCCCUCUGGCAGAGCAGCGCUGGCGGAGCAUUGAGGCUGGUUGAGGAGCUGACCUCGGUGAUAGGAAGGAGGGAGAUGGGAAAGGAUAGCGCUGUGCAGACGCGACGUUGCCACCCGGUAGAAACCAGGUAGAUGGGAACCGUGGGCUCCCAGGUGCUGCGCACACCUCGCUUGGGUGCAUCUGUGUGAGUCCCCAGCAGGAGGGCUGCCCUGCUGCCCUGCCAGCCUGGCACGGCCCCCAGGAUUCGGGCUGCUUGGUGACGGGGCGAAGCAGACGGGAGCGCUUCGCAUCCUCGUCCCGUCGCGUCCCAGCAGAGCGUGGCUGUCUCGGGUUGGGGAUGGCACCUCAUCAGGCUUGGCGUGUGGCAGAGCUACGGAGUGUUAGGGCAGGAGUGCUUCUUGCCAUUGAGGCCCACGAUGCCUCCUUUUACCUUUCUUUGCUUCCCCCGCCCCGUUUCACCCCAUUCUUUCGUUCACCUGGUGGUUUUUUUUGUUUGUUUGGUUGGUUGGUUUGUUUCGGUCAUUUUUUUCAAAUUUUUGCUACAGGCCUUAGAGAGCCCUGAGUGAGCCAAAGGAUUCAAAGGGCUUCCUCCAAGUUUUGCAGUCGGCCCUAGCGGUCAACGUGCUGGAAGUGCUGCGCUCCCCGAGCCCCUGUGCGCUCAGUUCCCUCUGUCAUCCCCAUGUCAUCCCCAUGUCAGAGGGCAUUGAGGCUCCGUGGGCUGCUCGGCCCCCGCUGACUCAGUGCAGCCUUCCCAGGAGCCUGCAAGGAGUGUGCUGGGCCUCUCUCACCUCUUGGAUGAGGUCUGUGCUAACGGCUCUCCGAAGAAUGCUGCAGCCCCCCCAGGACAAUGGCUCUAACUCAAGACCCAGGCUUGGAAACCCAGUGCUGUUUUAAUUUUUUCCCCUUUUCAUCCCCCCGCUUCCUACUGUUGGUCUUCCCAGCUUUACCACCAAAACAAAAGCACCUAUUAGGCUCCUCUGCCGAGUGCCCACCGUGCCCUGUGCAGCCUCGAGACCCUGAGCUGUGGGUCUCCCCUGCCAUGGGUCAGACCAGUGCCACCACCACGGUCCCCAGCAGUGAUGCUGCACUACACCCCUCCCCAGCGCCCUUUGGCAUCUGACCUUCUGUUGCACCAGGGUUUGAGUAAUGGUUCAAGCUCCAGACUCUGGUUAAUUGGAGUUCCACUUUCUGGUUAAUGUGUAAGCUCUGGGUAAACUGGUUGCUAUUGGCUGAUCGGAGAAUUAUCUCCUCUCAUAAAGACAGGGGUUCUUUACUUAUUCUUUAAUUCUUCUCCCACCUUCCCGGGCUGAACCUCUACUGAUGCACAGAUUUAUUUGCAGCGGUGCUCAGCUCUUCGAAGGGCUCCUAGAGGGCUCUGCACGGGGAUGGGGUGAAGCCGGUGCAACCCUGAGGCCCUGCGUGGGACCACUCCUGGUCCUUGUGCUGCUGCUGGACAGGGUUAGGGCAGGGUUAGGGUGUGAGAUAGGUGAGAGUCGGGGAGCAGUUUGAACAGUGAUAAGAGAAAUCCUUCCUAGAAAUAGACCGAGUGCAAAAGGGAAAAUUCCUAUCGCACACCCAAGCUGAGGGGAAGGAACUUUGCAUCUCUCCCAGUUUUGUUUAUUACUGCGCAAUGCAAUCUUUCUUUACGAAUAGGAAGUAGCGCAGCCUUCGCUGGACUGCAUGUGAAUUUCAGCCCAAAACACACCAACUUCCCAACGGAAGGGGAAAAACAACCAGAAGCACACAGCGCUGCUGCUAACACCAAGCGAGUGUUGGGGCUCUAUCAGUCAUGACAUGGGAGCACCCACCUUUGCUGCAGGACUGCUUGCCGAGGUCUCACGGAGCCGCUCCGCUCUGAACAACGCUCAUUAAUCAAUGAAUCGCCCCUGGCCAGGCUCUGGCUGCCCUCCUGCCCCCCUUGGGGUGCAGCACUGGGGCAGCUGGGUGCUGCCGUGCCGCAGGGUCCGUGCCAUCACAGCGCUGCCCCAUCUCACAGCCCUGCGGUGUGUCCCCAUUCAGUAACCGCGCUACAAAGAACUUCCAUGUGACCGCUGCCGGGAGAUGCCUGCAGCCCCGUGCUGGCCGUGAGCACAGCGCACCCCCCUCCUCCCCACCCCACAGCAUCCUUCACCUUUAUUUUAAUUAUUUUUCCUAAAACAAAGCAAACCCGUCUUCCCCGAGCGUCCCCGCACUCGUGCCUCAGCAUUUUCCCUGCCUGAAAAAAAGCAGCAUCCCGGAGCGCAUCCGAAAGAAGGGAGGGAGUUCUGCAAGCCCCUCACCGCUGCCUUUUGUCAGAAGGUCCUCUUUGCCCUUUUUAGAGCUUGAGAAUGUGUGUGCUGAAUCAGAACGCCACGCAGCACUACCCCCUGCGAAACGUGGCAGCAGAUUUGAAGCGCGCAGAGCGCACUUUCCCAGCUCCUCUCCUUUCCGAGAGCCUCAGCACAGCUGUUUCCCUCUGCUCAGCGUGUAGGAAGUUCUCGAUCGAGAAUCAUUCAUAAUUUUAAUACCAAUUUCUAUUUGACAUAACAUACUAAUAUGAGAUACAGAGUGUAGCUGCUUCCUGGAUUUAGGGAGGAAAUGAUGCAUAUAUCAGAAUUAUCUGCUCAGAUGCCAGAAGUACAUCGGUGUCCUUUCAGCGUGUGCUGCACGGGGAGGAAAUCCUCUAUUUAUUGCUCCCAUCACUAGAGGAGCUCAAUGGACCCUGUGUCUCUGACACCUGUUCCGACGGACGGACUGAACAUUUCACACAGGAGAGGAAAAAAAAAAAAAAAAAAAA